AUGUUAUGCGGUCGAAUCACUUCAUUCAGCAGGAUAUCUUCUGUAAUUCAAGCGUCCAACGCUCGCAUUCAUUUGACUUCUAUUACAAAUUCCAUAGGACGAUAUGCUAAGCUACAGAAGAAAAAGGACCCACUGGCGGCUUAUCCGCCAGAAUUUCGGGCGAAACUUCGCGAAUGGCCGAGGUUGUUGCAAGCUGAAAUCGAUGAGAGCGUUGCGCAUUUGAAAGAACUUCGAGAGCAGACUGAUCUCCGCGAUCUGGAACAUAGAGGUCUAUUAAUAGCUAGCUUACGAUUAGUCUCAGAUGAUUUGCAUCCCAUCACUGGAAGAACAGUGGUUGUAAGGAGAACCGUGCCUGGCAACUCACUCGAUCGCUCAAAGAUUUUUCGUGCAGGGGCCCCAUUGACCUUGCGUGAUGCGAAAUCUCUCAGAGAGAUAGCUGAAUGUGUUAUGUUAUCUUCGACUCGAAAGGAAAUUACGGUCAAAAUUCGCCCAUCAAGCAGUUCCAGAUCCCUCAAUGGGGAUACUGAUUACGUCAUCACUUUGUCACAAUCUAGUGGAGCUUUGCAUGCUGUUCAGGACUUUUUCUUAGAAAACAAAGUGGUCGACACACCCGGAAUAGAUUUGCUAGGGUAUGCGUUCCGCGCAAAAAAUAUGCCAUCCAUUCACAAUGAUCGUAUGCUUCCCAAUCUCCCUGAAGAGUUAAACGAUAGCCAAAGGCGAGCUGUCAGUGCUGCCCUCAACAAAAGGCGCCCAUUUGUG